AACAUCCACGACAUUACUACAGUCAACGCUACGAGGAUAUAUCUAUACUGUUAAAGCUGUAUAGGGGUCGCAACUGGUCGCAAGUGUGGUGGAGUUGCAUCCAAGCUUCACUACCUCUACCACAAUUUCCCUACCGUUGUCAUGCUCUUGAAAAAACGUGCUUCAAUAAAUAACAAUGCUCACGUUAUAGAUUAUAAAAUACUUGAAAUAUGGCUAAACUUAGCUCGUAUUACACCCUGUGUCCACUCAUAGAUCAACAAAAUCUUCUAGGCGUUGAAAAAGACUCAAAACCUGGAUGUGUCGUUGUUACUUUAGGAAAAAACAUUGUUAUUAGAUACAAGCUACAAGAUUUAAAACAGCUCAGCAGCUGGUCGAGCAGCGAUCGCCUGACAACACAAGUUAUAUACGACGAAAUUGAUAACCGUUAUGUGGCAGUAUUCAAUGAAAACCACAUCAGGGUAUGGAAUGAGCAUGACAGUGACCUGGACAAGGUGAAAAAGCACAAAUUCCAAAGUCCGUUUUACACAAUUCUCAGAGCAGACCAAUGCCCUCCAAUCUUAGUUCGUCAAAAUGGAAGUGCUGCUUCUUUGAGUUGGGCUUUAGCUAAUCGAAAGUCUUGGAACACCAAUGGAAUCCUAAUAAAAGGAGAAAAUAUCAAGGACUGCAAACUGAUAAAUAUAAACAAGAAAUUGUAUCUGUGCAUGCUGACUAACACGGACGAAUUUCACAAUUAUAUUAUGGUUCCUUUAAACGACAACACCUACGUAGAAGAUGGUGAUAACGUGACUAGAAUCAAGAUGCAAAGAACUUCCGAGAAUCUUGUAGGCCACACCAUCACACAGGAUAAUAACAAUGCCUAUCUUCUUACAUUGUGGUCUCAUGGACGACUUUACAGCUACCCGUUAAUCGGUCACUCAGCCCAACCACCCCCAGGAAACUUUUUGAGCGUAGUAACUGCUCUGAGCACAAAGCACCCAGUUAUUAUGGUUCCGUUAAACAAUAUAACUAUUGCUGCUUAUGGAGCAGAUGUUUUGGAAGAAGGAGCAGUCUUGAUUAUCUACAAUCUCUCUUUCAAGUUAGCUCAAGCCACGCAAAAACUCAAACUCUACACAAAAGAUGCAAAAAUGUGGAGAGUUGAGGACAAACUGCUCCUAGCGGCAAAUCGUCAUUUGGCAAUUGCGCCAUACAAUCUGACCCCACAGAGGAUUGAGGCAAUGGUCGGAUCCUCGCGACACAUACCAUCUGGUAAUGACAAAGUCAAUGGAGAAGAUGACAUCGUAGUUGUACAGGAAAUGGAAAUUGCAAGUUGGGGUACAGAAACUACAAAGAAUUUCAAGCUUCCGGGGUCUGUACCAAAGGAAUUAAAAAAACAGCUAUCCAUGCUAGUUCAAGAUGGACUUCCUGAAAGUGCUAUAGUCGAAAUUUUAAUUCCUCCUCUUGUCAAGUCUAAAGAUAUAAAGAAUAUCAUCUGGUUUUUAAAUAAUUUUGGGGAUAUUCCGGAACAAUUGCUGGUUCAACUUUUGUCUUUUUGCCUCACUACCUCUGACGAUACAUUUGAUUCCAUUCAAAAUGGAUUCACAGAUUCACCUCAAAUCGUUCAACCUACUGGACGAGUAAUUCUACUCAACAGUAUACUCAGUGUUAGUUAUUCGGACGUUUGUUUGCUGACACAUCUUAAAGCCAGCUUAGGAUUUAACGAGAUAUUGAUUUUGCUGAAUUACCUGAGACACACUCUUGAUGCAUCUCAAGAACCAGCCACUCAUCAUCCUGGAACUUCUGAGCCUACCGAAGAACAGCUUCUAGAUUGGGCCAGUCUGUUACUAGAUUCACAUUAUCAACAGUAUUUGUUAUCCCAGGAUCCCAAGAUCUGCACAUUGCUGGAGCAGCUCACCGCGGUACUUGAUCUACAUUUCCAGUUCAUCAAUGAUUUAGAAACCUUGAGGCCCAUGAUAGAAAGACUACGGGAUGGGAAAUCCCUUGUACCAACACUACAUAGUUCUAUGAAAUAUUAUUCAAUAGAAGAAGUAAAGCUCUACUAGACAAUCGAGAUCGAGAGCCUUGAGUUAUUUAUAUUUGUACACACACAAUAAAAUUCCAACAAUUAAUCAUAUUGUUGCUCCUGUUCCCAAAUACAGAUAUUCGCUUUUCAUUUA